GAGAAAUUUUUUUUUUCUGUAAUCCUUGAAUCUACAAAUAGCAAUUUCAACACUGCCAGUACAAAUCACAGCAGCUGUGUAGUCCAACCCAGCCGCAGCCUGAGGAGCUCAAGGCAAUAUCCAAGACUCGGGCCAACAACAUAAUGACCGGACAAAAUACUAAUAACCCGUGCGAAGUCACCAAGCAUGAUACGGGUUGGCGAAGAGUAGUUCGUCAUUUCACGCCGUCUUGGUUUUCGGUUACCAUGGGCACGGGCAUCGUGUCUAUUCUACUCAACACCCUCCCUUACAAUGGCCAGUGGCUAUACUGGAUUUCAGUCGUCUCAUUUGCCUUCAAUGUCCUUCUUUUCACCAUAGGGUGUAUCAUCACCUUCCUUCGCUAUACCCUAUAUCCGGAGAUCUUCUUCGCCAUGAUCAAGCAUCCAGUCCAGUCCAUGUUCAUAGGAACGUUCCCUAUGGGAUUCGCGACUAUCAUCAAUAUGUUCUGCUUUGUCUGUGUUCCAGCCUGGGGUGACUGGACGCGGAACUUUGCCUGGGGUUUAUGGAUCUUUGAUGCGAUCUUUUCGGUCAUCACUGCUCUCUCCCUACCCUUCUUACUAAUGGCCCAUGGAACCGAAAUGCAACUCUCGUCCAUGACAGCCGUAUGGCUCCUCCCUAUCGUCAGCUGCAUUGUCGCAGCUUCAUCAGGGGCCAUCGUAGCGGAUGUGCUCCCCAAUCCACAGCACGCUCUCUGGACCGUGCUCGUGAGCUACGUCCUCUGGGGCAUCGGAUUACCCCUGGCGCUGAUGGUGAUGGUGAUUUACCUACAGCGACUGACCCUGCACAAAUUACCUCCUAAAGCGGUGAUCGUGAGCGUGUUCCUCCCCCUGGGACCCCUUGGUCAGGGCGGCUUCGGAAUAAUGAAACUGGGCCAAGCGGCGCAGGAAAUCUUUCCGAAGACACGGACCCUCGAAGCAGCAUCCGGUCCGAUCUUCUAUACCCUGGGGUUCAUGGUCGCUCUGAUUCUCUGGUCCUUUGGCCUGGUCUGGCUAUUCUUUGCCUUGGCAUCUAUUGCGAGGAGUAAGAGCUUCCCGUUCAAUAUUGGAUGGUGGGGUUUCACUUUCCCCUUGGGAGUGUACGCCACGAGCACGUGCCAGAUGGGCAAGGAGCUGCCGUCGGAGUUCUUCCGGGUGUUAGGAACGAUUCUCUCACUUUGCGUGGUGGUCUUAUGGAUUGUGGUGAGUAUUGGGACAUUGCGGGGAGUGGUGUCAGGCCGGUUGUUCUUUGCGCCGUGUUUGGGGGAUUUAAAGGCACGGGAAGACGAGAAUAGAGAUGGCACAAAGGCAGCUUGA